AUGGCUUCCGCCGAGGGCAUUGGCAUGAACCUCACGUACCCGAAAUCGCCAGACCCGAGAGUCCCAGCGUCGGUGCUGAAGGAAAUCGACGAUGCCAAUAUCCCGGUUUUCAUGACUGGGAUCCUCCUCCCGCAUGUCGUAUGCACUCUCUUCAUCUUUGCUCGCAUUGCCUCGCGGCUAUGGGUGAUUCGCAAGUGGUUUCUGGACGACACGCUCAUCUUCCUCUCGUGGCUCUUUUCAACGGCCCUUUGCAUCGUCUAUGGCAUCACCGCCACGACGCCCUCGCUGUUGGCGGCCCCAUCAGAGGCGUCCCUGCUGGAAGAUGUCAACCCGUAUAUCAUGCGCACAUAUCUCGGGUUGAUUUACUACCAACUCUGCCUCUGUCUGACGAAAUUCUCCAUCCUGGCAUUCUAUCUCCGGGUCUUUGUCUCCCGCCCGCGAGAGCGGCUGUUUGCAUGGGGAACAGUUGUGUUUGUGCUCAUGUACAGCGUACCGAUGCUGCUGAUGAGCUUCCUCCAAUGUCAUCCGGUGAUGGGACAGUUCUUUGGGCGGCCGAUGAUGUGCUUCGGCUUUCCAGAGCUGUUGAUCUCGAGCGCAAGUCUUCAUUCCGCUACUGACGCGUGGUUGAUCGCCAUGGUCAUCCCCUGCGUUGCCAAACUCGACCUUCCUCGGAGGGACAAGAUUGCGCUCUCGGUGGUGCUGAGUUUGAGCAUCUUCGUCAUUGCAGCGAGCAUGGUCCGCCUUCAGCUCAGCCUGCAUAGGCACUACCUGCCGAAUAGCACCGGUGUGACCAACACGCUCACGUUCUUCGUUAUGACGAUCCUGGAGUGCGACCUGGCGCUCAUUUGCGCCAGCGCUCCGACACUGCGUCCGCUGCUGGCCAAGAUUUUCCCUGGCCUGAUGACACGGCUAUCCAUGGACGGAGCCCAGCACGCCUUUUGCGCGGAGCCGGAACGCGAGUUAUGCCAGUCACUUGAACAAGCUGCGGAUGCCGGCACCGCCUGUGCCUGUGUUGUCGAUAUCGCACAUGGCGCCGACAACGCUCAGUCUGAGGACUGCGGUGUUGGGGGUGGUGCCGAGGAGUCGAGGCCGGCCUCUCACUGGAGACGGUCUGGCAGGGGCGAUGGAGUCGUAUUGAAGGAGAUGAGGUUGAGUCUCGGGUCCGGUGUUGGAGGAGGAGUCGGAUUCAUGACAGAGAAGGCGCCAUUGAGCCCGAAUCGCAUGAGCCCGAUGUCCGAUCUGAGUGGCGACACAUACACUGUUGACAGAAACAGUGGGAGCACCAAGGGCGAAAAGUAUGACGGAAAAUUGACGACAGAGAUACCCCGGGAGAAGGACAAGAAGGUCCCUCCUCGUAGGCCGAGACGGCCAGACGACCCAGCGUAA